AUGAAACUACGAUUGAAUCUUUUAUUUUAUAUAGCGGCUAUAUUUCAGACUCUCUGUGUCUCUGCUUUAUUGCAAUCAAAUGAUAUCCAACAGUAUAAAGAUGAACACGGAAUAAUACAUGUCACCGAGGAAUUAUACAAAAAAUUGAAAUAUGGGGUCGAGGGAGAAUACUCUGUGUUAUAUAUUACCAUCUACUCGACUAAUGAAGAUGGAAAUUAUAGAUGUCCUAUGUGUAUUGAAUUCGAGGAAACGAUACAUGGCGUGCAAAAUAUCAUAAAGAAACAAAGACCAGAUAUCCCAAUUUCAUAUUAUAUCGUGGAUGCAUAUGAGGUUCCCUCAUUGAUUAAAGAUAUGGGUAUUGAAAACGUACCCCAUUUGGUGGUGUAUCCUCCAAUUAAUAUGGGGAAACAAGAGACCGAACCAUUUUCUUGGUCCAAUGGUCAAUUUUACCAAUAUGAACUUACACCAGAUCAUUCAGGUGAUGUAUUACAUUUUGGAGAUUUCUUAGCACAAGUUUUAAAUAUCUACAUCGAAGUAGAGGAAGAUUUCGACAAGGGGAAGUUCAUACAAUAUUUUGUUGGAUCAACAAUUUUUUUUGUAAUCUUAAAAAAAAUUAUUUGGCCAAUUGUCAAAAAGGGUAAUGUCUCUAAAAUGGCUAUGAUUCUUUUAGCAUUUUCUAUCAUGCUUCCAAGUUUGACAGGUUAUAAAUUUACCGAAAUGAACAGAAUACCCUUUAUCGCCAGGAAUGACGAAGGUAAUAUCAUGUAUUUUAGUGGUGGUACAGGAUGGCAAUUUGGUAUCGAAGUCUUUACAGUUUCAUUGAUGUAUACUGGGAUGGGUAUAUUAUUUAUUGGUUUAAUCUUCUUGAAAUCAGAUUUCAUUCAAGAGAGGAUAAAUGAAAAAAUGGAUAGUUUAUUGACUCUUCUUUUUGGUUAUGCAUUGUUCUAUCUUUUCUCAUAUUAUAUUGGCUGCUUUAGCGUAAAGUCACCAGGGUAUGCAUACUCAUAUUAG